AUGCACGUCAAGCAGUCGUGCCCACAAAACGAACCCAUCGAAGUCCAACAUGCUCAGCCGGACGACGUACCACCAGGCGAUUCAGAGCAUGCCAUAAUCUCAGCAUUCGAUCUCUUCUCCAUAGGUAUAGGCCCUUCGUCCUCUCAUACUGUUGGUCCAAUGCGAGCUGGAAACAUCUUCGUCACAGAAUUGGCAGAUCUUGGCCUGCUCACUAAAGUGCGAAAGAUUCGGAUCGCUAUUUAUGGCAGUCUGGCAUUGACGGGCGAGGGCCACAUGACGCCUAGCGCUCUGCUGUUGGGCUUGGAGGGCGCAAACGUCGAGUCAGUGGACACGGCCUAUGUUCCUGUCCGCUUCAACGAGAUCAAGACCAGCAAGAAACUCCGACUUGGAGCAGGAGAGGCAGUGCAGGAGGUCGAUUUCAUUUAUGACAAGGAUUUUGUGUGGGAAUGGACGAAGAAGCUGCCUCAGCAUUCGAACGGUCUCAGACUGACGGUCUUUGAUGAGAAUGGCGAUCCGCUCGCAAGUAACGACCUCUUCAGCAUCGGCGGUGGGUUUGUCGUGAACUCAGGCAUGACCACCCAAGCAAACCAUGCUGCGAAGAACGAGUCACAGACCUCGACAAGUCAUCAUCCUGCUGAUUUGCGCGAGAAUCUAUACUAUAAAGCAAUCAAGAAAUCCGAAGCCUCAGAAGAACGAAGGAGUGGAGCAGGAUACGAUUUCCCGGAUGCCACUUCGACCGGUCAGUCCAGUCUUGUGACAAGAAAACCGGACGACCUCAACGUUGGUUCUUUCGACGGUAGCUCAAGUGGUCCAUAUCCCGCACCCCUCCUAUUCCGCAAUGCCAAUCAUCUGCUUGCGCUAUGUAACCAGCACAACCUUACCAUCGCCCAAUUGAUGUUCGAAAACGAAAAAGCUCUCGGGAUGACAGAGACUGAGAUAUUCGACAAGCUGUUCCGGAUCUGGGAAGUCAUGGAUGACAGCAUUCGCGAAGGCGUGUCUGCAUCUGCGCCGAUCCUGCCCGGCUCACUCAAGCUGCGCAGACGUGCUCCCGGACUGUAUAGGAAGCUGACUCGAGGACUAUAUCCAGAGCAUACACAGCCGCCGCAACUGCUACAGAACACAGAAGUCCACGCUCUGCCCGUCGGCAAUUCUUCAACUGCCAUCGAGCCCACGACCGCAUCGGCAAAGACACCAGCAGUAAGACGUCGAGGCAUGGGUCUCGGCCGCCGAACUCCACCAGUCGUCCACGGCUCACCAAUACACCCCAUAUCAGUAUCUCCCGUCCGUAGCGCCACCCUUCCCGCCAUGGACUACCUCACAGUCUACGCCAUCGCGGUGAACGAGACCAAUGCGGCAGGCGGCCGCGUCGUAACAGCACCGACCAAUGGCGCAGCCGGCAUCAUCCCCGCCGUGCUCAAAUACAUCGUCGAGUUCGUCUCCGACGACCCUGAGCGCGACGUCCCGAUCUUCCUCCUCACAGCCGCUGCGAUAGCAUCACUAUUCAAGCGCGGCGCCACCAUCUCCGCCGCUGAGGGCGGCUGCAUGGCCGAAGUGGGCGUCGCGUGCUCCAUGGCUGCGGGCGCCUACGCUGCUGUAUGGGCGCUGGUCCUGAAGCGAUCGAACAAGCAGCUGAGAUCGGCUCCUUGUAUCGAGAGGAAUGCGCUUGGAGCGGUCAAGGCUCUUACUGCCGCUAAUCUUGCGCUUAAUGGGGAUAUUGGGCAGCACAAGGUGAGCUUGGAUGAUGCGAUCAGGGCGAUGCGGGUGACUGCCAAGGGAAUGAAGGAUGAAUUCAAGGAGACUAGUCUGAGUGGGUUGGCGACGAGUGUGCCGCUGAAUAUUCCGGUCAGUGUGCCGGAUUGCUGA